AUGUUAAGGCAAUUCCUCAGUAAAAUCCCUCGGAAUUUUGGGAAUUCCGACUCGCCCGAGAUAGCUCGGUCAAACUCGUACAUAACAGCCGGGUCACACAUUCACCGAUCCACAAGUUUCGGCCCGGGCAUUGGUCGUCCAUGCAACACAAAACGAACAUCCUCUGCCAUUUUCCCGGCAAGCGUUGUGGCGGGAGUCGAACCUUUGUUGCCGUUCAAAAGCGCGCCGAAUUCAGAGAAGAUGAACCUUUUUGUGAGUAAGGUCAGCCUUUGUUGCGUGACUUUCGAUUUCAGUGACGCGACUAAAAAUUCAAUUGAAAAAGAUGUAAAAAGGCAAAUACUGCUUGAGCUGUUAGAUUUCGUGAAUUCCGGGUCAAUUAUAUUUAGCGAACCUGCGAUUUUAGCCUUGUGUAGGAUGUGUUCUACGAAUUUGUUUAGAGUUUUCCCGCCCAAUUAUCGAUCUAUUUCAAGCAGUAGCGGUGAACCUGAUGAUGAUGAUCCAGUGUUUUGUUCAGCUUGGCCACAUUUGCAAAUUGUAUAUGAUUUGCUGCUCAAGUUCAUCACUUCUCCGUGCCUUGAUGCAAAAAUAGCUAAAAAGUAUAUAGACCAUUCAUUUAUUUUGAAAUUGCUCGACUUAUUUGAUUCUGAGGAUCCAAAAGAAAGGGAGUGUUUGAAGUCUAUAUUGCAUAGGGUUUAUGGGAAGUUUAUGGUUCAUAGGCCGCUUAUUCGAAAGGAUAUAAGCAAUAUAUUCUGUCGAUUUAUUUUUGAGAUGGAGAGACAUAAUGGAAUCAGCGAGUUAUUGGAGAUUUUCGGUAGUAUAAUCAGCGGAUUUGCUCUGCCUUUGAAGGAGGAGCAUAAGAUCUUCUUGCAGAGGGUUUUGAUUCCGCUGCAUAAACCGAAGAGUUUGGGAGUUUACUUUAAUCAAUUGUCCUAUUGUGUUACUCAGUUCAUUGAUAAGGACCCAAGCUUGUCCAAUGUAGUGAUAAAGGGUUUAUUGAAGUAUUGGCCGAUAACGAACAGCCAGAAGGAGGUGAUGUUUCUUGAUGAGUUGAAAGAUAUUUUGGAAGAAACUAACAUGGUGGAGUUCCAAAAGGUUAUGGUCCCAUUGUUUUCACGGAUUGGCCGCUGCAUUAACAGUUUGCACUUUCAGGUGGCUGAAAGGGCACUUCUCCUUUGGAAUAAAGAUCAAUUUUUUAACCUAAUUGUGCACAACCGGCAUGUGAUUUUGCCCAUCAUACUUCCUGCCUUGGAAAGGAAUGCCCAGAGCCAUUGGAAUCCAUCAAUCCUGAACUUAACUUUAAAUGUCAGGAGGAUGUUCAUGGAUAUGGAUCGUAUGUUUUUCAUGUCUUGCCAUAUUCAGUUUAAGGAUGUAGAGGCAAAGCAAAGAAAAAUCGCCGAGAAACAGGAAAAAGCAUGGCAGCGAAUAGAAAAUGCAGCUAAUCUCCGGCCAAUUACUCGAAAUACUAAUGACAUGGUAACUCCUUUGGAUACCUCAAUCUCCUCCUAAAGUGAUUUCUUGAAUCUAGGUUACACGAGCUUGGGUGUAAUGGCCGGAUAUGAAUAUGUCUCUGAUACGGCUAUGUUCAACUUUUCAAAGUGUUUUCAUGUAUUUAUGAGGUCCUUGGAAAGUCGUAUCUUCGUAUUCAUAUAUAAAUGUGCUUUGGCACACUGCUGUCAAAGAUACAGAUACAUCAAGAAAAU